AUGGUGAUCAAUGUCGCAGACGUUGACAACGCGCUCGUCGAGGGCGUCGAGUCUUUUGAACAGUAUCUAGAGGAUCAGGAACUCUCUUGUGACAAGCUGAAGAAGGGAUUUCUACUGCUGACGAAGGCCAGGAUGCUCUUGCCGCCGCAUGCACUGAGUGAGAAUUCGUAUCACGAAGAGUUUGAGGCGUCAAGUGUGGUAACACUAGACUCGCACGGAAAGUGGCGGGUGCAAGACGCGAUGGAAGGAGACAGGCAGAAAGUAGACGAGAAGAGUGAAGAUGUGACGGUGCUGCGCCAUCGAAGAGCACGUGGAAGCUAUCAGGACGAAGAUAGAGGCCGUGAAAUGAGCAAGAAGCACACAGGGUCGGACUCAGAUACGCUACUGUGGUUUAGUUCACUGCCGCCAAGUGAUCUCCGCCAAGCGAAGCAGCAGUUUUCGAGUGGGUUGCAAGCUUUGCUGGUAGCAGCAGCUUCUGCGCGAAAUGUCCAGAAAGCUGUUCGCGAUGUCGUGACGAACAGCAAUGAGCUGCAUCGUUAG